AAAAAAAAAUUCAAUUUCUGUCCGAAAAAAACAUGCAUUCCCGAAAGAAAACAACCGUUAAAGAUGAAGCCAAAGAAAAGGCUAAAUUAUUGAAAGCACAAAAAUUUCAUCAGGAAUUGACCAAUCAAUUGAUAAAAAAAUCAACAUGUAAAGAUCUCAAUUCAUUGGAACCAUUGGCACGAUUAUUGCAGAUAAAUCCAGAAUUUGGAACACUAUUCAAUUAUCGUAAAGAAAUUUUACUCAAUUUUAAACAAUCAAUCGAAUCAUCUGAUGAAGAAAACCCUGAAUCCGCAGAGGAAUCGUGGAAAAAAUUUGAUAAAUUAUGUCAAACAGAAUUAAUGUUUACAGAAAAUUGUCUACAAUCCAGUCCAAAAUCCUAUACAACAUGGCAUCAUCGUAUAUGGCUCAUACAACAGAUGCGUAAUCCAGAUUUAGAAAAAGAGAUUGAACUUUGUAAUAAAUGUCUUUCGUUGGAUGAAAGAAAUUUUCAUUGUUGGGAUUAUCGCCGAUUUAUCGUAAAAUUUGGCAAGAUUUCAACAAUGGAUGAAUUUAAAUUUACAUCGAAAAAAAUUGUGGAUAAUUUCUCCAAUUUUAGUUCAUGGCAUUAUCGAAGUAGUCUUUAUCGACAAUUAUUGGCUGAAAAUUAUGAUCAUCAAGAAUUACAAUCAAUGGUUAAUAAGGAUUUUGAUCUGGUCCAUAAUGCCAUUUUCACAGAUCCAAAUGAUCAAUCACCAUGGCUUUAUCUACGGUGGUUGAUUGAUUUUGAACAACAUUUAUUAUCGCUCAACAAUGAUGGUGAUACAAAUGGAUCAUUUGAACAUCAUUUCCAAAUCAAACAAUUCAUAUGGUCUCGAAAUUAUCAUUUAUUUGCAAUCGAAUUCAAUAUAUCAUUUAGUCAAUUUCCAUUAGAAAUUCAUAUCAACGGUCAACAAAUUGAUGAUUUUAUCGAUUCAUGUGAGUCAAAAUUCAAUGGAACCACCUGGCUGGGUCAAUUUGUCGAACCGCCGACAUUAUUGGAAUCAAAUCAGAUUGAAAUUGAAUUUUUCCACAACGGGAACAUGAUUUUACAACGAACAUUUGACGGAAUAACCGAUCAACAUUGUUUUGUUUAUAAUCAUGAUGAUGAUGAUGAUUUCGCUGCUGCAAAACGAAAACAACGAAUCGAUUUAGUACAGAAAAGAAUUAAGGAUUUAAAAAUUUUAUUGGAAAUUGAAGCCGAUUCAAAAUGGCCAAAUUAUAUGCUGACCAUUGUGUUGGAUAAUAAUGACAACAACAAUUUGGAAACAAAUUAUCGUAACAAUACAACCGCCAUUGAUAAGUUGAUUUGCAUUGAUCCAUUACGUAGUAAUUAUUAUAAAGAUUUGAAAAAAAUGACCACAUUGAAAAUGAAAUUAUUCUCGAAAGAUUUAGAUCAAAAAAUUAUUGAUCAGAUCCUGAAUCCGAAAUAAAAGUGGAAUUGUGGUGGUGGUGGUGGCGGAAUAGUUGUUGUUUUAAGAAUAAUAAAAUACAACAAUUUUCAGUGCGGCCAACAAUACUAAUCCUAUUGUAUUAAUCAUUAAGCCAAUUAAAUUGUCCAAUAAAAUGAUGAUUAAAUUAUAAAAACCAA